AUGAAUGUUGAUUCAGAACAAACCAUUGAUGAAGGAUUGUAUUCUCGUCAGCUAUAUGUUUUAGGUCAUGAAGCUAUGAAAAAGAUGAGUGUUGCUCAUGUUUUAGUAGUUGGUUUAAAGGGUCUUGGUGUUGAAAUUGCCAAGAAUGUUGUAUUAGCUGGCGUCAAGAGUGUCACCCUUUGGGAUCCUUCACCUGUUCAAAUUACUGAUUUAUCAGCUCAGUUUUAUUUGACAGAAAAUGAUAUUGGUCAACCUCGUGCUAAGGUCACUCAGCCUAAGCUUGCAGAACUAAAUCAGUAUGUUCCUGUUCAUCUUUUAGAAUCAGAUUUAACAGAGGAUGCCUUAAAGAAAUAUAAAGUAGUUGUAGUCACCGAAUUGCCUCUUUCAAAGCAAUUAGCUAUUUCUGAAAUUUGUCAUGCAAAUAAUAUUCAUUUCAUUUCUACUGAAGUUCGUGGUCUUUUUGGUCGUAUUUUUAAUGACUUUGGUCCUAAAUUUGAAGUCAUUGAUACUAAUGGUGAAGAACCUUUACAUGGUAUGAUUGCUAACAUCUCUAAGGAAGGUAUUGUCACUUGCUUAGACGAAGUACGUCAUGGUUUAGAAGAUGGCGAUUAUGUUACAUUUAAAGAAAUUCAGGGUAUGACUGAAUUAAACGAUGCUGCACCUCGUAAAGUUAAAGUUUUUGGUCCUUACAGUUUCAGCAUUGGGGAUACUUCCAACUUUGGUGACUAUACGAAUGGAGGUGUAUUUACUCAAGUUAAGAUGCCCAAAUAUAUUGACUUUAAAUCAUUGAAUGAAUCCUUAACCAAACCUGAGUUUUUGGUGUCUGAUUUUGCUAAGUUUGAUCGUCCUAUGCAGCUUCACUUGGCUUUCCAAGCUGUCUCUACUUUUGUUGAAAAGCAUGGACGCUGGCCUAAACCCCGCAAUGAAGAAGAUGCAACUGAAGUUUUUGAACAAACCAAAGCACUUUUAGCCACUGUCGAUGAAAAACCUGAAUUAGAUGAAAAACUCAUUAAAGAAUUAGCCUAUCAAUCAUCUGGUGAAUUGUCUCCUAUGGUGGCUGUCUUUGGUGGUAUGGCUGCUCAAGAAGUCUUGAAGGCUGUUAGUGGUAAGUUUAACCCCAUCUAUCAAUAUAUGUAUUUUGAUGCUCUUGAGGCACUUCCCACUGGUGAAUUGACUGAAGAACUUUGUGCCCCUCAGGGCUCCCGUUACGAUGGCCAAAUUGCUGUCUUUGGUAAAGUCUUUCAAGAAAAGAUUGCCAAUACACGUGAAUUCCUUGUGGGUGCUGGUGCUAUUGGUUGUGAAAUGUUGAAAAAUUGGGCUAUGAUGGGUUUGGGUAGUGGUCCUAAAGGUCAUAUUACAAUUACUGAUAUGGAUACAAUUGAAAAAAGUAAUUUAAAUAGACAAUUCUUGUUUAGAGCGAGUGAUGUUGGCAAAUUGAAAUCUCAAUGUGCUUCAGCUGCUGUUACUAGAAUGAAUCCUGAGCUAAGUGGAAAUAUUACUAUUCAUCAAGAACGUGUUGGACCUGAAACAGAAAAUAUCUAUGAUGAUGAUUUCUUUGAAUCUUUGGAUGGUGUGACGAAUGCUCUCGAUAAUGUUGAAGCACGUAAAUACAUGGAUAGAAGAUGUGUUUAUUAUCGUAAGCCUCUGUUAGAAUCAGGUACCUUGGGUACAAAGGGUAACACUCAAGUUAUUAUUCCCUUCUUGACUGAAUCCUAUUCCUCUUCUCAAGAUCCACCAGAAAAAGCUAUCCCCAUUUGUACCCUUAAGAACUUCCCUAAUGCUAUUGAACAUACUAUUCAAUGGGCUCGUGAUCUCUUUGAGGGCUACUUUAAACAACCUGCUGAUAACGUGAAUCUCUAUCUAACUCAGCCCAGCUUUAUUGAGGCCACUUUGAAACAAGGUGGUACCAGCAAGGAUACCAUCGAGACUGUUAAUAAUAUGUUAACUACCGAUCGACCCACCUCUUUUGCUGACUGUGUUCGUUGGGCACGACUCAAAUUUGAAGAAUUAUUUAGCAAUACUAUUCGUCAGCUCUUGUUUAAUUUCCCACCGGAUGCUGUUACCUCUACAGGUCAACUCUUUUGGUCUGGACCUAAACGUGUUCCCACACCUCUUGUCUUUGACGCUGAUAAUCGAGCUCAUCUUGACUUUAUUAUUGAUGCAGCCAACUUGCAUGCUUUCAAUUAUGGGCUUCAGGAAGUGACAGAUGUAGCCUAUAUCCGUAAAGAGCUUGAAAAUAUCAUUGUUCCUGAAUUCAAGCCCAAGGAAGGAGUGAAGAUUCAAGUUCAAGAGAAUGAAACUGUAGAUAAUGAUGCAGCAGGUAAUGAUAGCUUGGAUGAUCUCAUUGCUAAUUUACCAUCUCCCAGCAGCUUUGACAGCAAAUUCCGACUUAUUCCUGCCGAAUUUGAAAAGGAUGACGAUAGUAACCAUCAUAUUGAUUUUAUUACUGCCGCUUCUAAUUUGCGUGCUCUCAAUUAUGGUAUUAGUCCUGUUGAUCGUUACCGUACCAAGUUUAUUGCAGGUAAGAUUAUCCCUGCUAUUGCAACUACAACAGCUAUGGUGACCGGUCUUGUUUGUCUCGAACUUUACAAGAUUAUUGAUGGUAAGACCAAGCUUGAAGAUUACAAGAAUGGUUUCGUCAAUUUAGCUCUGCCUUUCAUUGGCUUCUCAGAGCCUAUUGCAGCUCCACAACUCGAAUAUAACGGUACCAAGUUCAGUCUCUGGGAUCGCUUUGAUAUUGAUCACGACAUGACGCUUGAAGAAUUUAUCGAGUAUUUCCAAAAUGAACAUCAAUUGGAAGUUACAAUGGUUUCAUCAGGUGUUUCCAUGCUUUAUUCAUUCUUUAUGAAUAAGAAGAAAGCUGCUGAGCGACUAAAGAUGAAACUUUCAGAGUUGGUAGAAACUGUUUCUAAAAAGCCCAUUCCUGCUCAUGUCAAGUCUAUUAUUUUUGAAGUUUGUGUUAAUGAUGCAAACGAUGAGGAUGUUGAUGUACCUUAUGUCCGUGUUAAAAUCAGACAAUAA